UUACAACAAUGAGAAAGGCCAAGAAGAUUUCCUUCUCGGUCUUCUUGUUUAUCUUUAUUAGCAAAGUUGGUGUUGUUUCUUCACAACAAUGCUUCGACACUGGAAAUUUUGAACCCACUAGUACUUAUGGUGCUAUUCGUGACGAUAUACUAUUAUCUCUUUCUUCUAAUGUGAUGGAACACGGUGGCUUCUACAAUAGUUCAAUCAGAAAAGGUGAUGACCAAGUAUACGCAAUGGCGAUGUGCAUUGAUGAGAGCGAACAAAAUGCUUGCUCUGAAUGUAUGGAGGUUGCGGUUGGCCAGUUAAAAUACAAUUGUCAUAACCAGACUGAAGCCUUCACAUGGGUACCUCAUAAGACACUUUGCUUUGCACGUUAUUCCAACAUCUCGUUUCUUGGGAGGCUCGAUAAGCACCCACGUUACGCAGAGCACAACAGUAUGGAGAUCAAGUCAUUUUUACAAGCUUCUGAGGAAAAAUGGAAUGAAGCACUGAAUGAUAUGAUAAAGUCAGCCUGGGGCAAAAAUGGAUCUUUUUCUAACCGUGAUUACUACUCACCUAGUAAGGUAAUAUUGGAAAAUCACCAGACUUUGUACGCAUUGAUGCAGUGUACUCCAGAUCUAUCACCAGCCAAUUGUAGCUCAUGUCUGGCACAGAGUGUUAGUGAUUAUGAGAAAAACGACGACUUCCGUGGGAAUCAAGGUGGCAUUAUUGCAUACCCAAGCUGCUUUUUCCGGUGGGAUCUGUAUCCCUUCAUCGGAGCUUUUAAUUCGUCACCUCCACCCUCACCAGGUUGUGAAAAUAAUAUCUCAACGGGAAUAAUUGUGACCAUUGUUGUUGCCACUGGAGUAGUCUUCUCUGUGUUAUCGGCUGCAGUAGUAGCACUUGUUUGCAGAAGGAAGAAAACUGAUCCUCCAGAGGAAAUUUCAACCACAAAUUCACUGCAGUAUGAUCUUAAGACAAUUGAAGCUGCAACUUGUACAUUUUCGACGAGAAACAUGCUUGGUCAAGGUGGAUUUGGAGAAGUUUUUAAGGGCGUGCUUCAUGACGGGUCGGAAAUUGCGGUAAAGAGGCUAUCAAAAGAAUCAGCACAAGGUGUUCAAGAGUUCAAGAAUGAGACUAGUCUCGUGGCAAAGCUUCAGCACAGAAAUUUGGUUGGAGUGCUCGGGUUUUGUAUGGAAGGAGAAGAAAAGAUACUCGUCUACGAGUUUGUUCCCAACAAAAGCCUAGACCAGUUCUUGUUUGAGCCUGGAAAGCAAGGCCAGCUGGAUUGGGCUAAACGGUACAAGAUUAUUGUUGGGACUGCUAGAGGAAUUCUAUAUCUUCAUCAUGACUCGCCUCUCAAAAUCAUACACCGUGACCUCAAAGCUAGUAACAUCCUCUUAGAUGCUGAAAUGGAACCAAAAGUUGCAGAUUUUGGAAUGGCAAGGAUUUUGAGGGUGGAUCAAUCACGAGCUGAUACAAGGAGAGUAGUUGGAACCCAUGGCUACAUUUCUCCAGAGUAUUUGAUGCAUGGCCAAUUCUCUAUAAAGUCUGAUGUCUAUAGUUUUGGGGUCUUGGUUCUUGAGAUUAUAAGCGGAAAAAGAAACAGCAACUUUCAUGAAACUGAUGAGUCUGGAAAGAAUUUGGUCACACAUGCUUGGAGGCAUUGGAGAAACGGAUCACCACUAGAGCUCGUGGAUUCGGAACUUGGAAAGAACUACCAGAGUAAUGAAGUUAUCAGAUGCAUCCAUAUCGCGCUAUUAUGUGUUCAAAAUGAUCCAGAAGAGCGUCCAAAUUUAUCGACUAUCAUCUUGAUGCUCACAAGUAACUCCAUCACUUUACCUGUGCCUCAGUCACCAGUACAUGAGGGAAUGGAGAUGUUUCUACCUCAGAUAAAAUCUGUUCCUGGUUCUAUCAAUGAUUCACUAAUUGAUGACUUAGUUCCUCGUUGAAGAUGACAGUCACUUCUAUUUGAGGGUUAAGUUUCUUCAAGCUGAGUUCGGAGAUAAACAAAUGUAAUGCAAAUAAGUUGACUCCAGAAGGUAUUGUCUAACUGAAGACUUGUGUGUUUUGAAGGUUAUAUAACUCAAGCAAGUUUUGUAUGUAAUAUAUUGAAAACUAAUGUUCAUGUAAAAAUUGGUUUUCUUUAGUUUGUUUGUUGAAAACUUCAGAUGAUAUUACACAAGUAUUUGAAGUAAGUUUACCGUUUAACUUCUUAAAUU